AUGGGAGGAAUAGCCGAUUAUAUACAUGAAUUACGGCGAGCGGCAUGCGAAGAACUGUGGAACGUCGGCGUAAUAAGGCUAGCAAACAGCAUAAAAUUAUCCGGCAUUAAGAAAGAUACAGUAACCAUGCACUCAGUAGCACUUGCAGGUCACAUAGGACCAGAUGGAACCUGCAAAGGAAUCACGUAUAGUGAUCAGUUCGGAUCGUGGCACGAAGUAAUAGUUCAAGCAACAACCAAAAUCAGUCUUAAACAAAUGAAAGCCUCCGCUGACACAGAAAACGACCAAAUACAUAUGCCUGGAGGAUUAGUAUGCAAAUGGUCUGCGGAAACAUGCAUUGACUUCGAAGCAGGGGAAGCAUAUUGGAGGAAAGUACCGAUCAAUAGAUGCUCACCCCAGCGUCAUGCUGUAAUUUACGAAGGUCUGGCGGUAAUCCUGAACACAACACAUGAAGACCCUUUGCAACCACCAAGCAUAAUACACACAGUCGUACAAGACGAUAAAGUGUUCGCCCUACGUCGAACCGGUCCUUAUCAAGGAUGUGCUAUACCAGCGUGA